AUGUCAGUCACCAAGGAGAAGCCGGCGGUCAAGCCGUGGGCGCAUUUUGUCGCUGGAGGUUUCGGUGGUAUGACUGCCACUGUCCUGACAUCACCUCUCGACGUUCUCCGAACCCGUCUUCAGUCAGACGUCUACCAAGCACAGCUUCGCGCCAUCAAAGCCACUCACCCCCCUCCACCCAAGACAACUCUCUUCACCAUUCCCCGAGUCAUGCUACUGCACUUGAGAGAGACUGGAGAGAUCAUGAGCAGCAUCUACACUCACGAAGGUUUCCGCGCUCUGUACAAGGGCCUUGGCGCAAAUCUGGUUGGUGUUGUGCCAGCUCGCUCAAUCAACUUCUUCGUCUACGGCAAUGGCAAGCGCAUAUUGAAUGAGCACAUGAACCCCGAGGGCAGGGAAAAUGCCUGGAGUGUCCACCUCCUCGCUGCUGCGACUGCCGGUAUUGCCACUGGCACAGCUACGAAUCCGAUCUGGCUGGUUAAGACUAGACUUCAACUCGACAAAAACCGAGCCAGUGAUGAUCCGCUGAGGGGUCGCCAGUACCGUAACAGUUGGGACUGUGUCAAGCAGACCGUACGCCACGAGGGCAUUCGAGGACUCUACAAGGGUCUGACUGCAAGCUAUUUAGGUGUCACAGAGUCAACUUUGCAGUGGGUGCUUUAUGAGCGUUUGAAGCUCUCACUGGAGCGCCGCGAAGCCAUACGCCUUGCCGACAAGGGCUAUCAGCGCAACUGGGUCGAUGAUGUUGAAGAGUAUGGAGGGAAGUUCUCGGCUGCAGCUUUUGCCAAAAUGUUCGCCUCGGCACUCACAUAUCCGCACGAGGUAGUGCGAACUCGGCUUCGACAGGCUCCGAAAAUGGUCACCGAAUCCGGCAAAGUUACUGCCAAAUACACCGGCUUGAUACAGUGCUUCAAGCUGGUUGCUAAGGAAGAAGGCCUUGCAGGACUGUACGGCGGCAUGACCCCUCAUCUUCUACGAGUUGCGCCGUCCGCUGCCAUCAUGUUCUCACUGUAUGAGCUGACUCUCCGCCUCUUGGGUACGACAGCAUAG